UGCGGCUCCCGGCAACGGGACGAGAAGGUGUCCGGGGCUAAAACCGCCGCGGCUCGUCCUUGCCCGGCAGGGGCUCGGCCCCGCCGAAGCCGUUCACCUUGCAGCGGGCGGAGCGGGGCCGUAUGGAGCAGCCCGGCCUCGCCAGCGCCCCCCCGCCCCGCUCCAUGAAGCUGGUUUAAGGGCGGCGGAGCCGAAGCGGAGCCCCGCACCGCCCCGCACCGCCGCCGCCUCCAUGGCGAAGGAGAGGAGCAGGAAAGCGCUGGCGGAGCUGCUCCAGCGGCCGGGGAACGCGGCGUGCGCCGACUGCGCAGCCCCGGACCCAGACUGGGCAUCCCACAGCCUAGGGAUCUUCAUCUGCUUGAAUUGUUCAGGAAUCCAUCGUAAUAUUCCCCAAGUCAGCAAAGUGAAGUCGGUCCGUCUGGAUGACUGGGAUGAUGCUCAAGUGGAGUUUAUGGCCUCGAAUGGAAACAAUGUAGCAAAAGCAAAAUAUGAAUCUAAAAUGCCACCGUUUUAUUACAAGCCAACAUUUCUUGACUGUCAACUGCUGCGGGAACAGUGGAUCAGAGCCAAAUACGAACGAAAAGAGUUCAUUCACAGCGAGAAGCAGGAACCUUAUUCUGCAGGGUACCGAGAAGGAUUUCUGUGGAAGAGAGGACGUGACAAUGGGCAAUUCUUAAGCCGAAAAUUCGUGUUAUCGGAGAGGGAAGGUGCACUGAAGUACUUCAACAAAAAUGACGCAAAAGAACCCAAAGCAAUUAUGAAGAUCGAGCAUCUAAAUGCGACUUUCCAGCCUGCAAAAAUCGGGAACCCACAUGGACUGCAGAUCACUUACUUGAAGGACAAUAGCACAAGGAACAUCUUUGUCUAUCAUGAAGACGGCAAGGAAAUAGUGGAUUGGUUCAACGCCAUCCGGGCAGCACGUUUUCAUUACUUACAAGUGGCAUUCCCUGGAGCCAGCGAUGUUGAUCUGGUGCCAAAGCUUUCUAGAAACUACCUGAAGGAAGGGUACAUGGAGAAAACAGGGCCAAAGCAAACAGAGGGAUUCAAGAAGCGAUGGUUCACCAUGGAUGACCGACGGCUCAUGUAUUUCAAAGAUCCCCUGGAUGCCUUUGCUAGAGGGGAAGUUUUUAUUGGGAGCAAGGAAAACAGCUACAAGGUCCUGGAAGGGCUCCCGCCAUCCACACAGGGAAACCACUGGCAGCACGGGAUAACCAUCGUCACCCCGGAUCGGAAAUUCCUCUUCGCCUGCGAGACGGAGGACGACCAGCUGGAGUGGAUUACGACUUUUCAGAAAGUUAUAAGCCGGCCAAUGCUGCCUCAGGAAUACGCAGUGGAAGCCCAUUUCAAACAUAAACCUUAGCUGGGACUGGCUGGGCAGACCUGAGGAGUGAGCUUCUGUUUACAACACAACGUGGUUUUAUUUGAAAUGUUAAGAAUAAUGAAUAAUAAUAAUAACAGUAAUAAUGAUAAUAAUACUUCCCUUUCCCCUCAUCAUUCACUUGAUCAUGUCGGAAACCAAGAAGGGCGGCAGCGAAACGUCGGAGAAGAUGCUGAUCCAACCCGAAAUUCGGCUCUGUGGCCGCUCCACAGGACGUGCCGCUGGGACGGGUGGUCCCGCGAGCCCCCUCGUCACCCCACACCCACUGAAAGGGACGUCCCACCCGGCUUCGGCGGGACGGCGAAGACUCUUGGUGGCACAUCUCGGGGGAGAUGGGGCUUUUCCCCACGCGCUGGUCCCCGGGGGCUGGAGCUGAGCAUCCCCGCAGCCCCAGCUCGCUGCCAGCCCUUUUGGCGGGGGGCGGGGGGCUGCGGGUCCCCGAGCGGUGACGUCCCCGUGAGAUGCGAAGCAUCGACCUGGAAACAUCCGAAACGGUGACGCGCGAAAUGGCUGAGCCUCCGGACGGCAUCGGGGUAAAUGAGAAGUAAAUUGCCUCACCUGGGGAGCGGUGGUGAUGCCGUACCCGGGCUAGGGUGAAAUGGGUUUUAGAAAUAGAGGGAAUGGGCAUCGUCGGCCUCGUUACCUGCUUAACGAAGGGCACGGGUUGGGGGGGGCACCGAGCCAUGAGGCGAUGCUGGGGAAGCAAAGCUUUUGGGGUCGGGGCCCAUGCGCUGCUCCCCGGGUCAUUCCUGUUUCGUGGUUCUGGGGGAUUCACAUCAUUUUGGGAGCCUGGCGUGGGCUGGGGGGGUUGAGCUUUAGGUGCAGUUUUUCUGACAGGAGAUGUAAAAGCCUGUCCCAGCCCACCCCCAGCAGGCACGUCCCUCCAGCCGAUGGCACGUUGCUUCUCCAGACUGGUGGUUGCACUUUUUUUUUUUUCAAUAAUUCUCUUGAUUUUUUUUUUUUUGUUGAUUUUUCCAUCCCCGCCCCCUGCCAAAAAAAAAAAAAAGCUGCUUGAAGUGACGUUUCAGCGCUGUGUUGAGCACUGUAAUUCCUGCGGUCGGGGCAGGCAGGCUGGGACUUGCACACCAAGUGCUGGAUUUUUACCCAAAAAUGAAAUUUCCGGUGUCCACUGAAGUACCAGCCCCAGGCACGGACCUGUCCGACGCGUUUCUUAUGUUGGUGUGUGUAAAUGAGAGCAUCUCAUCGGCUGUAUGCAUUCGUUCUGUCACUGGUAAGACAACUGUGGUACUAAAUGUCAUUCAAACCAAUAAAUUAUUAUGUCGGA